AUGGCCCGCCAGAAGAGAGCUUUCGAGCUUUGGGCGAAGAUGUUCUGGCAUGGCCUCGCAGCAGCCCUAAAAGUCGGCAAACCUUCCGCGAGCUGCGCAGAACCGAGUGAGCAUGUAUAUGCUUGCCGGCUCGGGUACCUCUGCGCGCUGCCCAUUAGGCGUGUGAUUUACGCUGUUGGUCGGGGCGGCCAAUCUGAUGAGUUCUUCUUUAGCCAGGUUACUCAUUCGGAUUUAAAACGUCAUCGUUGUCGCAUCUCGAAACACGCGUGCUGGCAUGCCGCGCCAUCAUGGAGCCCGUGGUGA